CAGCGACUGAGGGACGAUUCCUGUCAAAUCCGGACACCGUGACCCGCAAUCCCGGGACUGUCCUGCUCAAUCUCCUCUCUCUCAGCCCCACGAUCCGUACACGGGCCCCGGGGAGCUUCCGGCUGAUGAGGGAAUGGGAACCGAUGGAUCUCUCAGACAGAGCUGAGCUCCAGCUAUCUAAAUGCAAGGAUUAGGAACCCGGAGAAAGGGAACAAAAUCUUUUACAUCACCAGUUGAGAAAAUCACCUUUGUUCUAUCUCCGAUUACAAACAAGAGAACAUCUGCAGAUGCUGGAAUUCCAAGCAACACAAAUUGCUGGAUGAACUCAGCUUUAGUACACUUUUCCAUAGAUGCUGCCUGGCCUGCCGAGUUCCUCCAGCUUUUUGUGUGUGUUCUUGUUCUGGACUUUUCUACCGGUUGAAAACGACAAGGAAUUUGUCUAUGGGAAUUCAAACACAACACACCAGUUGUGCUGUCUCUGUCUAAAUAUUUAAGGAACAAGGGAUUCAAUCAACCAUUUUUCCUGUUCAGACUGUGGGGAGGGAUUCACUCGGUCAUCUGACCAACUAGCAAACCCGUCAUUUUAAAAAAGGGGAAAGGCUGUUCACCUGCUCAGACAGUGGGAAUGGAUUGACUCAGUCAUCUCAACUGAAGGUACUUCAGAAGGUUCACACUGGGCAGAGGCUGGUCAUCUGCUGACGUGGGGAAGGAUUCACUCGGUCAUCUGGUCUAAUGGCUCACCAGUGGGUUCACACCAGGGAGCGGCUGUUCACAUGCUCAGACUGUGGGAAAGGAUUCACUCAGUCAUCUGAACUCUUGGCACACCAGUCAGUUCACACUGGGGAGAGGCCGUUUAACUGCUCCGAAUGUGGGAAGGGAUUCACUUGGUCAUCUCACCUACUGGCACACCAGCGAGUUCCCACUGGGGAGAGGCCGUUCACCUGCACAGACUGUGGGAAGGGAUUCUCUUGGUCAUCUGAUCUCUAAAAACACCAGCGAAUUCACAGUGGGGAGAGGCUGUUCACCUGCUCAGACUGUGGGAAGGGAUUCACUCAGUUAUCCAACCUACAGAGUCACCAGUGAGUUCACACUGGGGAGAGGCUGUUUACCUGCUCAGAAUGUGGGAAGGGAUUCACUCAGUUAUCCAACCUACAGAGUCACCAACGAGUUCACACUGGGGAGAGGCCAUUCAUCUGCUCAGACUGUGGGAAGGGAUUCAGUCAGUCAGCCACCCUACAGAGACACCAGCGAGUUCACAAUGGGGAGAGGCCAUUCAUUUGCUCAAACUGUGGGAAGGGAUUCACUCAGUUAUCCACCCUACAGAGACACCAGUCACUUCACACUGGGGUGUGGCCAUUCAUCUGCUCAGAAUGUGGGAAAGGAUUCACUCAGUCAUCCAAACUACUGGCACAUCAGUCAGUUCACACAAGGGAGAGGCCGUUCACCUGCGGUGAAUGUGGGAAGGGAUUCACUCAGUUAUCUCAUCUACAGAGACACCAGCGAGUUCACACUGGGUAGAGGCCAUUCACCUGCUCAGACUUUGGGAAGAGAUUCUCUCAGCUAUCUCCACCAAAUGUGCGUCAUUGACUUCACACUGGGGAGUGGCCAUUCACCUGCUGUGAAUGUGGGGAAGGAUUCACUCAGUAAUCAAACCUUCUGACACACUACUGGGUUAACACUGGGGAGAAAGUUUCAAUAAGCUGAAUGCUGGAUAUUUGUCCAUCACCAUUGCUGAAUGCAAUUUCAAGAGUGACUGUAAGGGCUGAACUCUGCAAUUAUUGCUGCUGCUCACCACACCCAGUUCUGCACCCUGGUCACUGUGCAUGGGAGGAG